ACGAAAAUGGAUGGUCAUCCCACAAGCAAACUUAAGCAAUCUUCCAACAUCCACAGAGAAUCAGCAAAUCAAAAAAUUUCCUUCAUUCUACAGAGCAAAUACAUAAAUUCUCCGAACUCUCUUAUAAACUCAGCCCAAUUCUCACAAAAUGAGAAUACUAGAAUCACUAGCGCUUAUCGCCGUUCUAACACUUCAGCAACUUCUGCUCAAAAAUCCUCAAAAACAGUGAAAGAUCCCUCUAGAAUCCACAACCUCAAAGGCAUGGUCAAGAACACCGAUAUUCAAAUCAAGCACAGAAAAAGUGAAAACUUCAGGAAAAUUAAAAGAAGAGCUGACAAAUCAGGCCAUUCCAAAAGUGGCUCGAAGAGUAAUUAUGUUCUUGGAGGCAGCACAGUCUUCAGCCUUAAAGGCCAACCACAAUUCUGAAGUAGUAAAGCAGCAAAAUUUGUGUACAGACCUACAGAAGAAGAGUCUUUCACAACUAAAACAGCAGGAGUCGGUGGAACAGAAGGGAUGUAUAAACUCUCAGGAAAUUUAGUGCAGAAGAUCCCGACCACCAAAGAUGUUCAUGCUUCCAAGAUUGCUAAGGCCUUUAUAAACAAGAACAAAAAGAUACUUAAAAAUGCUAUCAACAAUGGAGAGUACCUUAACCAGCCUCAUCAAAGGAGGUUGUCAAAUAUUGCCAAGCCGAAUAAACCUAAGAAGAAGUACAAAAAUCAUAAAUCAAGCUACAGUGUUUCAAAGGAUAAAAUACUUAAAACUUACAAGGAAUCCACAAUUACAAGUCACAGUAAUUAUACAAGCGAACCAGUAAAAGGACAUAAGAGAAGUAGCAGCGAUUCUCAGAAGUUGUACGAUAUCAAUAACUGGAAGCGCAACCUCAAUCCUCCUCUUGAGCAAGCUAAGUGUAGCACAAAUGAAAACACAUCCAGAUUUCGUAAGAAGAGCAAGAAGUCGCAUAGUAAAGAACGAUCCAAGCACAACAAAUCAACUAAUCAUGAGAAAUCACUGGAGAAAGCUUCAAUGCAGAUCGAUAGAUACUACAAUCCGAAAAAUAAGAUUGAUAGCACAGAUCAAGUCUUAGUGACUCCAAGGAGUUUUCAUGCUGCAGGGCAACAUUCUAAUUCCUCUAAAAUUAAAAUGAACUUAAAAGAUACACAAGAGUUAUUCCAUACUAAUGCAAAUAAAAUUGGAGCUGACUCUCUGAACAGUAACUCCAAGUACAGCUCUUUUGGAGGCUCUCGAACUAUUGAGAAGAAGAGAAGAAAGCUUAAGAAGACAUCUUCUUACAAAAAGCGAAACGGAAAGCCUCAUUCUAGCAAGAAGAGUGACAAGGAAAGGUCCUCUUCAAAUAAAUACAAUGAGCAUUUCAUUAUCAAAAAUUAUCGGUCAGUGAAUAUGACUAAUAAUCCGGCAAAGAUAGCCAAUAUUCAAGAUAUUGAGAACAAGAAAAGGUACCAGUACCAUAAAAGGAUCCGCUCUGAUACUGGAAACACUAUAGUCACUCCCUUAGAACAUUUAUAUGAGAGAAACAGUGCUAUUGUUGGGAAGGACGGGUACCCAUCUUUCCAUAAAGCAAAGACUGAUUUGCAUACUCCUAUUGUCCCCAACGAGGAACAGAGAUACAGUGUUUUGGAUAAUAAGAUGCCUAUAAAUUUGAUAAACAAUACAAAUACAAUUCAAAUUAACAAAUAUGACUUCGCUCCAAGCUUCGUGCAGCACAAGAAUGCCACUCUUGACUCAAAUAGCCAAUACAGAAAGUUUAAGACAAAUAUAAACCCCUCUAAAAGUAGCAAAGCAUGCAGAAGUAAGAUAAGCAGUUCUGAGAAACACAGAGUUUGUUCAAAGAAAUCAGGCGGAGGGACUAGCUACUCACAAACUCCUUCAAAAAGCCACACUAGGAAGGCCUCAAACUCUAAUUCUAUAAAGAAUGAUCCUCAUCCGUACAACUAUUCUUCACAGAAGCCUGAAUCUGUUAAGAUCAUGAGGGACCGAGAAAUAAAUGAGCUUGAAGAAGAUCAUGAAGCUCCUGAGAAUGGAGUUUUUGAGUACUACUUUGGUAGUGACCCCAAACUCCCUGAAAUACAGUCUAAGAUCAUUGUAAAGAAGAACCUCCAGCUCCAAGGGGAUAAGUCAAUAUCUAUAUCGAAAGAAACUGAAGAGAAUAUUCGUCAGAGUGAAGCUCGGCCUUUGACUAUCACUCCAGAUAAUAUUUCUAACAACUUUAUCUUCAGCAAGCCUUCAAGUUCUUUGAACAAUCCAAAGUCUGAGAUGAGUGGAGAGGUUUGUGUUAAAGGAAAACCAAAGGAAAAUGAGACAAAGCCGACUACUAAAAUUGUCCAAAUUGACUGCCACAGCCUCGACCCGCUUGACACAACAAAAUCAAAGGAUGGCCUGGUUGCUGAAAUAAAAUAACAUCAUUGAAGAAACUGGCAAAGAGCCUGAAACUAAAUCUAAACACUACAGAGUAGGCAAGCUUCUUGGAAAAGGUGCCUUUGGAAAGGUAUCCCUGGGAAUGCACAAAGCUACCAACCAACUUGUUGCAAUCAAGAGUAUCAACAAAGAGUUCCUCGAGGAGGAAAGAAGUCGAAAAUAAGGUAGCUCGAGAAGUAGCAAUUCUUAAGAAGUUACAGCAUUCAAAUAUUAUCAACCUUUAUGAGACAUUUGAAACUGAAAAACAUUUCCUCCUCGUCACAGAGUUGUGACCGGGAGGUGACCUACUCAACUACGUUCGAAGGAGAAGAAAGUUGACUGAAGAGACUGCCAAGUACUUCUUCAAACAACUAGUUGAAGCCUGAAUUUACUGCCAUAAAAAGGGAGUUGUCCACAGAGAUAUAAAAUUAGAUAAUAUCCUCCUUGACCAAAAAGGGUGUCUCAAACUUGGCGACUUCGGAGUCAGCAGGGCAAUUAAAUAAAAAUGAGAUACUCAAGGACCAAUGAGGGACUCCGGCUUACAUUGCACCUGAAGUCCUGCAUAACAGAGGAUAUAAUGGAAAAUUAUCGGAUACAUGGAGCUGAGGUGUUGUCUUAUUUGCAAUGCUAUACGGAACAGUUCCUUUUAAAGGAACCAAUAUGGAUGAACUCCAUUCGCUAAUCAAAAACGGACAAUACUCUUUGAAAGAUAGCGUAUCUAAGGAGGGAAGAAAACUCAUCAAAGGAAUUUUAGAAAUAAAUCCAAAGAAAAGACUCACGCUUAAAGAGAUCCUAGAAACUCCAUGGCUCCAAGAUUGUUCUGAGACACUUGACAUCUUCACAGAUAACGAAAAAGAGACUAUCAAGAAAGAGCUGAUUUAUGCUAACACUAGGAGGAUAAACAGGAAUUUUGGUAAAGAAGCUCCGAAAGAUUUUGCCCAGAUGACUGACAACAGUGAUAUUUUUCCUUUCUUCACAGAGCACAGGCUAGAUUCAACUCAAAACUCCUUGGAAAGGAACAGGACUACCAAGUCUGUUAUAUUAGCUCCUUUCAACUCGACUCUCACACAUAUUAGUGAGAAAAGCGAUGAUGCUCCUCUUAUCAAGAAGGCCAAGGUAAUUAAAUUCGGUGUAAAGUGAAAAGAUGCCGAUCGACAAUAUGAAGCGUUCAAUAAUCAAGACCUAGACAACGGAGUCUUCAAUGAAUUCAUCCAGAAAACGGAUUCUGACGAAGCAGGCAAUACUAUAAAGGACAGUAUUUCUUCCCUAAAGCGAACUGAGGAUAGUAAGUUCUCCUCUUCAAUCCUCGAGACUGAUGAGGAUGAUAUUGAAUCAAUUACAAGCGAUCACGUUGAGUUCCCAGAAAUUCUCUACAAAAUCAUGGAAAAGUGUGGAUAUAAGAAAGAGUACUUAGCUCAAUGCCUAACAAACAAUCUCCAUACAUAUGGAACCACAGGAAUGCUGCUUAUACAUGAAAGACUAAAAAAUGAAAACCUGAUUGAGCCUAACUAA